AUGUCGUCACCGUCAUCAAACAGUCAAACCUUGAACACGUCUGGCAGCCCAAGCAGCCGAGACGGAGAACAGCCAUCAUACAUGACGCAAAGGUACCUGAGCGAAGGCCCCACGAUCCCCGCUGUCAUCUCGGGAGCCAACGGCACCGGCAGCCAGGGGACCGAGGAUAGGGCCAGGUACCACACAGCUAGGGCCGCCAAAGCCCUGAAGAAAUUCGACGACGCCUGGAAGAAUGCCAGCGACGAGCAAACGGAGCCGCAGCGCUGA